AACGCUACAGAGUAUGCACGUUUGACGAACAACACAAUCAAACAGCGCAAUCUACAUGCGCAAAUACAUACAUUUGGACUUGGACCGACCGGCAUAAUAUGUACAUAUUAAGUGUGGCUAGUAGUUUCAAUGUUCGACCGUAGAUAGCGUUCGACUUACGAUUCUGACGCUAUACUUUAUACGAUUCGAUUCAACAUCUAACCAAAGAUCGGUUUAAAUUCGGAGAACGAUACUGGUUUUGAAUGAAAUUUUGAUUGUGGUGAACGCGUAAAUUUGACACGACGACAUUGUUCUACAAACGACGUUUGUAGAAUCAGUUGUGAAAUGAGCAAAUGUAUUGGUAAACGUUGAUCUCUUGGCAAACGGAUGUAGAAUGGAACGGACAACAAGGAACAAAAUAAAAUCGAAUUUGCCGUUUCAAAUAGUUCUGUACAUUAACCUUUGGUUCUUUCCGAUUUGGUUAUCGGUAGUUGCUUACAAUUUGGAUUUGAAUUACAGUAAGUACGUAAGGGAUAUUUGCAACGCGAUACUGCUGGUAAUAUUUGCGAUACUCUUGGUGUCCGACAGUUUGAAGUUAUAUUUGGGAUAUCUUGGAAAUCUUGGUGGGAAGAUUCCAGAAUUGGCAGCUUGUUGGUUGAUUUCGCUGCUGAUACAACUCCCUCUGGAAAUGUUCCUUGUUUUCAACCGUAGAACAUUGUUCGAACGUAACAAUGUAUUUGUCCAUUAUUUUAUGAUCGGUCUUCUUUUUCUUGAAAUUGUUACGGGUGCGAUCGCCUUGAAGAAUUUGGCAGACCUUCGUGCUAGAACAUUUUAUUUGGCUCGACUGUAUAAUGCGCCUAGCAAGUACUAGUUUAUUAUGGAAAAUCUUAUUAAUAAAUUUUGAUAUUCCAAUCGUCCACAAA